ACUUAGCGAUCUCCCACUUUGUUUGUGUUGAAAAUGACGCCGCGCGUCAUAUUUUCUGCUGAAGAAAUUGUUCCUAUCGUGCAAAACAAGUGCACAGUACAACGCAUCGCAUGCUCGGUAUAAAUUGGUGUUCUUUCGUCAUCAGUGUUUGUCAUUCUUGUUAAAACUUUCAAGGAAAGGCAAAUGUGAUAAGUCGGGCGUCCCUCAACACACAUUCAUACAUGUGUAGGUGUGUCAAAAAAGAGAAUCAAGCAUUUACUUGAAAGCCACCGCCUUAACUGCGCAAAGAGGCAAAUAAAUAAGUUCAAUUAUUAAUAUAUCCAUUCGACGGACCAAGCCAACAUAAAAGAUUAUAAAUUAUGUUGAAGUUUAUCCGAGGAAAGGGUCAGCAGCCCAGCGUGGAAAGACAACGCCUACAAAAGGACCUUUUUGCUUAUCGUAAGACCACACAGCAUGGCUUUCCUCAUAAGCCUUCUGCCCUUGCAUAUGAUCCUGUCUCAAAACUCAUGGCGAUUGGGACGCAAACAGGUGCCAUAAAGAUUUUCGGCCAGCCCGGAGUUGAAUUGUAUGGACAGCAUACGUUAGUGAACAAUUCCGCAGCGGAGCUCAAUGUUCAAUUACUUGAAUGGGUUUAUGGAACUGGUCGCAUACUUUCGUUGACGGCUGCCAAUCAAUUAAUACUGUGGGAGCCUGUUGGAACGUCAUUGCUUCCGAUCAAAACAUAUCAUUUUGACGGAAAACUGAAGAAAGUGUCAUCGCUGUGCUGUUCUUUGAAUAAAGAUCUCCUGUGGAUUGGAACUGAAGGUGGAAACAUCUAUCAACUUGAUUUACACACAUUUACAAUAAAAGAACCAGUGAUUUACCAUGACGUGGUUUUAGAGCAGGUGCCACCAGCUUACAAGCUAAAUCCUGGUGCGAUUGAGUCCAUUCGCCAGCUUCCGAACGCCCUUAACAAGCUUCUCAUUGCGUACAAUCGUGGCCUGUGUGUCUUAUGGGAUUUUGAAUCGUCAUCCGUGGAACGGGCAUAUGUAGCCCCUGGUCAUGGUCAAAGCGUUGGUCUUUCAGUGAAUUUCGGAGGAUCUGAAUUUAGCUGGUAUCACGCUGAUGGUUCGUACGCUACUUGGAAAAUAGAUAACGCAGAACCGCCAAACAAUGUUAACUACGUUCCUUAUGGCCCUGAUCCUUGCAAGAGCAUAAAUCGUCUGUACAAAGGCAAACGAGGAUCCAACGACGUGAUUGUUUUCUCCGGCGGCAUGCCACGUUCAGCUUACGGUGAUCACAAUUGCGUUUCUGUACACACCAGCGAUGGACACAAAGUUUGUCUAGACUUUACAUCAAAAGUCAUUGACUUAUUCGUGACUUACAAAAAUAAUAGUGAUGUUUCUGAAGUGCUAAUUGUUCUACUGGAAGAGGAACUCUGCGCAUACGAUCUUACGGACUCCAAUAUUUCUGCAAUCAAAGCUCCCUAUCUGCACUCGGUGCAUGCAUCAGCUGUUACCUGCAAUUACCUUGCUUCUCAAGUCAUACAGUCCGUCUAUGACAGUAUUUUACGAGCGGGAGAUGAGCAAGACUUGGAUUACAGCAAUAUUGACUGGCCUAUUACUGGCGGUGUACUUCCAGAUGACUUAGGAGAAUCUGAUGAGGAGGACACGGCUAAAUUUUAUGAAAUUCUGUUAACGGGGCACGAAGAUGGUUCAGUUAAGUUUUGGGAUUGUACUGGAGUGUUGCUUAAGCCAAUUUAUAGCUUUAAAACGGGCCACAUUUUUGGAAGUGAGCAUGAAUUCCGGGAUGACGCAGCCGCAGAUAUCAGUGCAGAACAACUCGACGAAGGAGAACCUCCAUUUCGAAAGGCUGGUCUUUUUGAUCCUUACUCCGAUGAUCCUCGUUUAGCAGUGAAGAAAAUAGCACUCUGCCCAAAGAACGGGCAGCUCAUUGUUGGUGGCACAGCGGGCCAAAUUGUUAUAGCCGAUUUUGAUGACGCCUCGGAAAAGGUUUCAUUAAAAUACUGCUCUAUGAAUCUGGUCAGCGAUCGCGAUGGGUUUGUGUGGAAGGGUCACGAUCAGUUAAACGUGCGGGCCAAGUUAUUGGCAAGUGAAGCCAAACCUAUAGAUGAAAAUGGUGUAAAUAUAACAGGAGUGCUGCAGGUUUUGCCUCCAGCCAGCAUUACCUGCAUGGCACUUGAAGCAAAUUGGGGUCUUGUAUCUGGUGGAACUGCACACGGACUAGUGCUGUUUGACUUUAAGAACUUUGUUCCAGUUUUUCAUCGCUGCACACUAAAUCCGAACGACCUCACUGGAGCUGGUGAGCAGCUGUCUCGACGUAAAUCUUUUAAAAAAUCAUUACGAGAGUCAUUUAGAAAGCUUCGCAAGGGUCGAUCGACACGGAACAACCCCAGCAAUCAGGUGCCAACUACGUUGGAAGCACGGCCAGUUGAAAGACAAAUAGAGGCACGUUGUCCUGACGACGGACUGGGAUCGAUGGUGCGGUGCUUACUAUUUGCCAAGACUUAUGUUACUAACGUCAACAUAACAUCGCCAACUUUAUGGUCAGCAACGAAUGCCAGUACCGUGUCAGUUUUCCUUUUGCAUUUGCCCCCGGCGCAGACCGCCGCAACUUUGGUUCCAUCAGCAAGUGGCAAUGCUCCACCACAGACGCCUCGUCGAAUUUCCGCUCAGCUUGCCAAAGAAAUUCAAUUAAAACAUCGUGCUCCUGUGGUGGGUAUUUCCAUAUUUGACCAGGCGGGUAGCCCUGUCGAUCAGCUCAGCGACGGAGAAAACGGUAGUCCACCACAUCGUCUACUUAUCGCUUCUGAAGAACAGUUCAAAGUGUUUUCACUUCCGCAACUAAAGCCGAUAAAUAAAUAUAAGCUUACCGCUAAUGAAGGUGCUCGAAUUCGUCGAAUCCACUUUGGAUCGUUUCGUUGCCGCAUACCGCCGGAAUUGCUACAAAGCCUGCACGGUGGAAGCCCAACUAAAUCAACCCGUUCUCAUGUCGAUGGAGAUGGGUCUGCCAAUAUCAGUGCAAACUUGGCUGCUGGUCGUGGAGAUGAGUAUCACGAAAUUGCACUGAUUUGCUUGACCAACAUGGGCGAUAUCAUGGUUUUAUCAGUGCCUGAAUUAAAAAGACAGUUGAAUGCCGCUGCUGUGCGACGGGAGGACAUUAAUGGUAUUUCGUCGCUUGGAUUUACCAACUCUGGUGAAGCUCUGUAUAUGAUGUCUUCUUCUGAAUUGCAGCGCAUUGCUUUAGCCACGUCCAAAGUAGUGCGACCCACAGGCAUAGUUAAAGUAGAGCCUUUAGAAACCGAAGAACGUGCUCAAAAAGAAAUUGAAGAAGAAAACAAAAAGGAAAUAUAUGCAAAUGCUGAAGUUGCCAACUUUCUCGAAGCUAAAGAACCACCAACUGCUUCUAGUCGCGCCACGCCUGUAGAGGGAGUCGUUGAUAGAAGUAGUCUUUAUCUAACUAAUGGAAUCAGCAAUAGCAAUUCACCCAAUGGCGGCAACGACACUAUUAGCAGCUCCAUUGGUGAUAUUACAGUUGACUCUGUGCGAGAUCAUUUAAAUCUUACGACAACCACUUUGUGCUCUACAACUACAGAGGAGACUGUUGGUCGGUUAUCAGUACUUAGCACGCAAACAAACAAAUCCACUACCACCGUGAACAUGAACGACAUUCCUGACAUUAAUAUUCCCAAUUUAAGUGACUUGGCAACGACUAGCAACACAACGGAUACGAGCACAAGUUCUGUAGUAAUAAAAUCGGUUAUAACAAGCAUAUCCCACGAAAAAGCGAACGGCGAAAGCGAAACUAAAAGGACGAAAAACACAACGCCUAAAGAAAGCCAAUUUUAAUAAUAACAAGCAUAUGCGGUUUUAAUUUUAGCACAAAUUACACAAUAUAACAGAUUUAGUCCCAUGUUUUCAUGGUAUUCUAGAUGUAGGUUUUAAACUGUCAAUUUAAAUACGUUAUUUCAGUUCAAUAUUUAUUUGCAGUCAACUUAAUAUGAAAUUAUAUUAAUAUUAUUUUGACUACAACUGCUUUUUAUUUUGUUUUAUAGAUGCGUUUCAAGUAUUUACACAGUAAGGUCCAGAGGCAAAGAUUGCAUUUUAUAAAAUAUUUUUUACACUAUAUUCCAAGUUAUAUUAUAGGAUGUUAAUUUAAGCUUGCAUUAUUACAAUCUUUUUGUGUUUACAGAUAUUUAGAGAAAUUAACAUUUUUUUAUAAUUCAUUUAAUGUUGAUAAAGUUGCCCAGCUUGUUAUAUUUCCAUGGAAAAAUGUAAAAAAAAAAUAUUUUCCCUAUUUAAAUUAUUUUUGUAUAUAUUUUAAUCCAAUUUUUAAGUUGUAGCUGUGUUGUAACGCUUUGGCUUGGGAUAAUUAAGCAGUUAUGUGAACAUUUUGUUUAGAAAAUUAAGCUACGAGUUUGAUCAACUUGAAUUGGUCAACUUGUUCCGAAAAGUUCAAUGUAAAACUAUUAUGCCUUAUCAACAAUGACUAAAUUUAUAAUAGAUUUUAUAAAGUAUUACAAACAUCUGUAAGUUAAAACAUUUUUAUAAUCAUUUACACAUAUUUUAAGUAUCCUGUCUUUUAAACUGAAAUUCGCAUCGAAAGGUGAAAAACUGUCAACAUACAACAAUUAUGCCUUAUAAUCAUUAGAUUGCAGCGGAUUUGAGAUAGUAUUUAGUAGUUCGCACCAAGAAAAUAUGUCAUGGCUUAAAUAUAUGUUUUUGAUGAAA